CCAAUUUCUUUUCCCCUAAUUUGCUGGGCUUGCGCUUAAAAAAACUUCAAUUUCUUUCGGCUGACGGACCUAAGGCAGCGAGAGAACGUGCACCGUGGACCAGAAAGGAAGCGCAUAAAACCCCCGCCGGCUUUGCUUUCUCUCUAGCUCCCUCUCCCCGGCCUUUCCAGUUGGAGGGUGGGGGCUCGUGGGCACGAAGGCCCGUCCCCAUUUCGGCAGGAGCCUCCGAGUGGCCUAGGAGGGGGGCGGAGGAGGAGGAGGAGGAGGAGAGCCCUGCCUUUGCAGAAGGCGCUACCCCAAUUUUCGACACAUGCUUUCACUUCCCGAGUUAGCGCGGUUUAGCCCAAAAAGGCAGGGGAGGCGCCGCGAGUGGGAAGGGGACCACCGUUGUCUCCAGUUCGGCUGCCCGGUUCCCCCAGAAGGAAGAUGCGGCUCUUCAUGGACGUUGUUCCCGCUACCCGGAGGAGCUCUUGGCUGUUCCCCAUCCUCCCUUUCAUUUGGGGCUUGGUGAUGGCUUCGUCGCUUGUUAACGCUGGACCCACAUACCUAUUGUUGGUUCCUAAAAUAAUCCGACCUGGAGCAAAUCUAACUAUUGGAGUUGGGCUGUUGAAGGAAAGCCCCUCGAGCAUUAGAAUACAAGCGCAAGUACUCUUGACAAAUACAUCCAUAAUACAAGGAGAAGCAGUCUUUCAAAGAGAUUCCUUUAGGAUACUAGUCCUUCCAUCUCUCCCGUUGGGCAGUUCUGAUGGCGAUUAUGAGUUAUUAGUGAAUGGAUAUUCCAAAGAAAAACUGAUGUUUUCUAAUCGCGCAUCACUGCCGUUUGAAAGCAAAAGUUUUCCAGUCUUCAUCCAAACUGACAAGAUAAUGUAUAAACCAGGACAAGAAGUGAAAAUAUGGGUUGUUACUGUGCUUUCUGACCUCAAGCCAUAUAAUACUCCUGUAAAUAUAUACAUUACGGAUCCUCAGAGUAAUUUGAUUCAGCAAUGGUUGACACAUGGAAAAAUGGGCAAGAUCGCUAAGCAGUUCAAAUUAUCCAAAUAUCCUCUCUUUGGUCAAUGGUUUAUAUGGGCUCAAGUACAUAUUAAUGGUUCUUUGAACUUCACACUGGAGAGUCCAGAGAUAAAAUAUAUAGCUGUCAGAGAUGAGUAUAUAUUGUAUCCAGGACGUAUAGCAAUUUUAGCUGUUGUUACAGAAUCUUUUACAGGAAUCUCCCAAAAUGCAAGUGCUAUAGUAUUUCCACGGCUACUUGAUUAUUCAUUAGACUUCUUUGAUUAUCCAAGAUAUUUGAAGCCGCCUCUGAACUUCAUUGCUAUGCUGGAAGUAAGAAGAACUGAUAAUCAGCCACUAACGUCUGUUGAACAAAAGAAUAACGUCACAAUCAUGGUCACACAGUUAAAAAAUUCUUAUCAGAUACAUGACUAUAUAAACGAAUUACAUAGAAACAACACAGAUGAUGAGCUACAUUAUUAUCCUGUUCCAGAAGAUGGGAUUAUUCAGAUUGAGCUUCCAGUUUCAGCCAAUACAAGAGCUUUGCGUAUUAAGGCUGAAUUUCUGGAGUGUGAGAGUUCCAUAAAGAUACACAAUGUGUUCCACUCACCCAGUUUGUCUUACCUUCAGAUCAGAAAAACAAGCAAGGAUUCAAAAGCUGGGAUACCUUUGGAACUCAGCGUUCAGAGCACCAUACCAUUGAAAGAGAUCAACUAUAUGGUGAUGUCCAGAGGUCGAAUUGUGGAUGCAGGGAAAAAGAACACCACAAAAUUAAGUUUAAUUCCAGAAAAUUCUUGGGCUCCUAUGGCUUGCAUAAUUGUCUUCUAUGUGCAUGAUAACGGGGAAAUAAUAAAUGAUGCUCUACAUUUUCGUGUUCAUCUGACUUUAAAAAAUCAGAUUAACAUGCAUUGGAGUAAAAGUAAAGCUGGACCUGCUGAAGACAUCACCCUCAAAAUCAAAGUGACAGAACCCCAAACCUCUGUUGGACUUUUAGUUAUUGACAAAACUGUACAUUUGUUGAGAAAAAGACAUGAUAUCACAGAGGAUGCUAUACACCAUGAGCUACAUUUGUAUGAAAAAGAACAAUAUUAUGUGGAAGGUGGAAGUGCUUUCAGCAUCUUUCAGAAUAACAAUCUCUGGAUAUGGACUGAUGCCAACCUUUCACACCAUAAGAACUAUGAAGAUUCAUGGUUGGGGAAGUAUGAUGCUUCUUCUGACAUGGAUAAGCUACCUGUAGCCUAUGAAGGUAACCCAGCAUUGUAUGACAGUGAUCUCCAUGUGAGGAAGAAUUUUCCAGAGACUUGGCUUUGGCAAGAAAUAAUGACAAGAUCUACUGAAGCAACAAUAAAUGUUACUGUUCCUGAUACCAUUACAUCCUGGGUAGCCAGCGCAUUUAUAAUAUCUGAAAAUCUUGGAUUGGGUGUGAUGAAAAUACCCAUUGAGUUACAAGUCUUCCAGCCCUUUUUUGUUUCUUUAAACCUUCCUCCUAGUGUCAUAAGAGGAGAACAAUUUAUAUUGGAAGUAAAUAUCUUCAAUUACUUGAAAGAAAGCACUGAGGUGAGAGUUACCCUUGAUACGAGUGAUAGCUUUGAGAUUUUUAAUCUCUCUAAUGAUAUAAAUGCCAUUGGAAACCAACAUAUUGUUUGGAUACCAAGUGAAGCUGGGAAGACUGUCUUCUUUCCGAUUAUGCCAAAGCAGAUUGGAGAAAUCCCCAUCAGAGUGACUGCAAUAUCACCCAUUGCUUCAGAUGCUAUUCUCCAGAGACUAUUAGUGAAGGCUGAAGGAUUAGAACAAGAGACAGUUCUUUUGGACUUAUCCAAAAGAACUAACCUUACGGAAAUUUUGAAUUUCAAUUUCCCCUCUGAUGUAGUUCCUGGCAGUGAAAGAGUGCAAGUUACAGUUACUGGUCAUACACUUAGUUCCUCUAUUAGUGGUUUGGAGUCACUGGUCAAGAUGCCUUAUGGUUGUGGGGAACAAAACAUGAUUAACUUUGCACCUAAUAUUUAUAUUCUGGAUUAUUUGAGUAAAACAGGCAACCUCCAAACCCAAUUCAAAUCAAAAAUUGUGUCUUAUAUGAGAGAAGGUUAUCAAAGAGAGCUUCUCUAUAAAAGAUUUGAUGGUUCUUUCAGUGCCUUUGGAAACAGUGAUCCCUCUGGGAGUACAUGGUUAUCAGCUUUUGUAUUAAGAAGUUUCAUUCAAGCACAAUCAUACAUUGAUAUUGAUCCAUAUAUCCCAAAGAGAACAGCUGCUUGGAUCCUCAGUCAUCAGAAAUUCAAUGGAGAAUUUGAGGAGCCUGGACGAGUUCUACAUACCGAGCUUCAAGGAGGAACUAGCGAUUCUGUUUCACGGACAGCUUAUAUCUUGACUGCUCUAUUAGAAUAUCAGUUCAAUGAGGUAGUAAUGAUAGUGAUCUUAAUCCCAAAUGAAACUAUUAAGCGCAACUUAAAGAUGGAAGAAAAAAUAACUGGUGCUUGCUUUCCUGCCAUGUUUGAGAAUAGUGAAGGCUUCUUUCUGUUUUUCUUCUUCCCAGGAGAACUAAGGUUCUGGACAUCACCAUCUUCUGGACUCUCCAGUUCCUGGCAGCCACGUUCUGCAGAUAUUGAAGUUGCAGGUUAUGCUCUCUUGUCUCAUUUUAUUCAACAAAGACUGUUAGAAGGGUUUCCAAUUAUGAAAUGGCUAAGCAAGCAAAGAAAUCACCUGGGAGGUUAUUCUUCUACACAGGACACCAUAGUGGCUCUGCAGGCCUUGAGUAGCUUUACUGCAGCACUUACAGCUGAUUCUGUGACAGAAAUAGAUGUGACAGUGAGUGGAUCCAUGGAAGAAAAUCCAACGUUUUUCCGAAUUGAUCAUGAAAACCGUUUUGUUCUCAAGACCAAGGAGUUUCCAGCUGCACAGCCUGUUAGAGUUACAAUUUCUGCCAACGGCCAUGGUCUUGCUAUUUUACAGCUCAAUGUUGUAUACAAUGUGAAAAAUUCACAUACCAACAAAAGGCGUAGAUCUGCAGAAAAUCAAGAAGCCUUUGACUUAGAUGUUUAUGUAAAGGAUGACAAAGAAGACAUAAAUAGCUUAACUUUAAACGUGUGUACCAGAUAUCUGGGUACCGGCUCAUCUUCAAGGACUGGCAUGGCUCUCAUGGAGAUUGGAUUGCUGAGUGGCUUCUCUCUGUCGCCCAGUUUUGUGUCAUUAGUUGACCCAGUUGAAAAGAUGGAAAAAGAGGAAGGCAAAAUCUAUUUAUAUCUGGACUCUUUAAACGAAACACAGAUUUGUGUGGACAUUCCAGCUGUGAGAGACUUCAAAGUGGCAAAUACCAAGGAUGCUUCAGUGACUGUGAUGGAUUAUUAUGAGCCCAGGAGAAGAACAGUGAAAAGCUACAACUCCAGGGUGAUGCAGAGUUUGUCAUCUUGUACUUUCUGUGAAGAUGAUGAAUGUGAUUUUUGUAAAACAGAUGGCUCUUUAUCCCUUUCUCUCUCUCUGGAAUUGUUAGUACUGCUAGUGCUGUCCAUUUUCUAUGUUGUGGUCUGAUUUAAUAACUGGAUGACUGACGCUUAUUGCACUGCUGAGAGUACCAUUGAUUGUAUUUUCCUGGAUAAGGAGUGUCUGGACCAGGGGUGGGUUUCUCGCCCCGUUCCAACCGGUUCGGUUGGAACGAGGCCGGCGGCGUCCUC